UAUUUAAGUACAAAUACAAAUAUUUAUUUAUUUCAUCGAGUUAUAAAAUUUCGGACACUUUUGCCCUAGCUCCGUAAAAGGAUAAACGAAGAACACUUGAGAAGCAACCAGUGGAGGAAUUGCUCGCAAAGACCGAAACUUUUCUUCAAUUUUUCGAACGGAGAGAAUCAGUGACGAUGUCUUGGGCUGGUCCUGAAGAUAUAUAUCUGUCAACCUCACUUGCCAGCUAUCUCGAUAGAAAGCUUCUUGUGCUACUUAGAGAUGGCAGAAAGCUAAUGGGAACGCUUCGAUCCUUCGAUCAAUUCGCCAAUGCGGUUCUAGAAGGUGCUUGCGAGAGGGUGAUUGUUGGUGAGCAAUACUGCGACAUUCCUUUAGGCCUCUACGUAAUCCGUGGAGAGAAUGUUGUUCUGAUUGGCGAGCUGGACACGGAGAGGGAGGAGCUUCCUCCACAUAUGAUACGCGUCUCAGAGACAGAGAUUAAAAGGGCGCAAAAGGUGGAGAGGGAAGCGAGUGAGCUGAGAGGAACAAUGAGGAAGAGAAUGGAGUUUCUUGACUUUGAUUAAGCCACAGAUUGUGUCCCCAUUCAUUUCUUGCUCUUGUGUUUUCGGAUCUAUUUUACUUUUUAAAUAAAAGAAAAAAAAUUCCCAAAUUUUUACUGGUUUUGGAAUUGGGUUGAGAUUCUUACUGAAAUGGAUACUUAAUGCUGUUCUUUAAUGAAGUUUUGAAGAAAAGCUGUGAUGUUCAUAUGCCUACUGUCUUAGCCUCU